AAGUUAGCCUAGCGAUGAAUUCAAUCGGCAUUCAAAUUUUAUGAAGCAGCAUUCACGAUGUCAUCGCCCCAAGAAAACUGAUCUUCAGAGAAUUUUGUGAGAAGAACUUGACUUGGAAUGCACUGCUGCCAUUUCCAUCUGAAUGAGAUUGUUUGAAAUGGCUGUAGCCAUUGAUCAACAUCAUGGAUUUAAGCCAUUUAGUCGAUCCUAUGAAUGCAUGCUUCAACCCUGCGGUCCCCAUGAUCAUAACAUUCUAGAACUUAGCCAAACUAGUCAUACCUUCAAACCAGCAUUUGAAGCGGAUAAUAUCCACCGCAGUUCCUCCACUCCAUGUCUAUCUUUAACCACUUCAACGGAAGAAGAGCUUGGUUCUUAUCCAAGGAUUGCGAUGGUUGGUGGACGUGGAGCUCCUUCACAUGCUCUUGUUGUUGAGGUUGCCAUAGCUAUGGCCUCUGGUGUUUGCCCUCAACCACUGUCAAAGGGGCUAGGUGGUGCCUAUGUUUUCUGCAGCCAAAAUGGUGAUCGCAUUGCUGUGGCAAAGCCAGCAGAUGAAGAACCUUUAGCCUUAAAUAACCCAAAAGGCUUGGGGGGUCGAAUGCUGGGCCAACCUGGAUUGAAAGGCUCAAUUCGGGUGGGUGAAAGUGGCAUACGUGAAUUGGCUGCUUAUCUCCUUGACUAUGAAAGCUUUGCUGGAGUACCUCCAUCAGCCUUCGUAAAAUUCUGCAAUGCUCCCUUUUUUGUUAAUGGUGCAGCUGAAGUUCCUCCCACACAUUGUAAAAUUGCUUCCCUCCAUCGCUUUGUUGAUCAUGAAUUUGACGCGGGAGAGUUGGGUCCUUCUUUUUACUCAAUUGCGUCAGUUCAUCGGAUUGGGAUUUUAGACAUUAGACUUCUAAAUCUUGACAGACAUGCAGGUAAUAUGCUUGUAAAGAGAAAUAGCCACAAGGGCAAUGGAGUUGCUGAGCUUGUUCCCAUAGACCAUGGACUUUGCCUGCCUGAAUGGAUGGAUGAUCCAUAUUUUGAGUGGCUGCAUUGGCCACAAGCCUCAAUUCCUUUCUCAGAUUCCGAACUUGAGUACAUAUCCAAACUUGAUCCAUUUAGAGAUGCAGAACUGUUAAGAACCGAGCUUCCUCUGCUGAGGGAAUCCUCUAUACGGGUUCUUCUGGUUUGCACCAUCUUCUUAAAGCAAGCUGCUACUGCUGGCCUUUGUCUUGCUGAUAUAGGUCAAAUGAUGACUCGAGAAUUUCGUGGAGGAGAAGAAAAACCAAGUGAAGUAGAAAAUAUUUGUUCGCGAGUCAUGUCUAGCAUCCCUUAUGUUUGCAACAAUGGGAGAAGAAAAGAAGAAACUGAAAACGAGUCUAAAAUGUUUCAAUUUGAUAAUGAAAUUCAAGAUGGAUCUAUUGAAGGGUUGGGACUUCCUCAAUUGUUGCAGACCCAUCAUGGAGCAUCUCAGGUACCCAAAACGCGAAGGCUUUCAUUUGCAGGAUCGAUGAAUGGAUUUGCAGUACUGCCUCCAUUGAACGACAAAAACGGUAAUCCUACUACAAAUAUUUAUACAGGAAAAACCAAAGAGAACACUGAGAGUCACACUGAGGAGAGUAGAGAUAGAAGUUCGAAUUUCUCUUCGUGGAGCCAAAAUUUUGAAAGUGGCGGCCUUUCCUUUGCAAGGCUGAACCUAACCGAAUGGGAGUUGUUUUUGGAGAUUUUUGAGAAGCUUUUGCCUGCUGUAUUUGAGGCUAAGAAGCGUAAAAAAUGAACCAAAAGUUGGAACCUCAUCCAAGUUAAGGAAUGUUUUCAAAGCCAGAGAUGAAUCACCAUCGCUUGUAGUUGUACAUUGGUACCUAGUUUAGGUUUAUAUAUGUUUGCUCGAGUUCUAUAUCACGCAAUAAUGGAAUAGCGAUUGGGCAGGCUGAGAGGGCCAAUGCCAUCCUUUCCAUUUUCACCUUAGCAAUCAAUAUAGCAUUGUAUACUAAUGUUUAUGGAAUUGGUUGCUGCAUUGUUUUGUGUAUAAUUUAUCUUGGUGAUUCAAAUUAAUUUCAAA